AGCCUCCUUGUUGACAGUGGUGCUAGUGGAUGUGAUGCGGGUGUUGCUGAUGUGAUGUAGUUUCUCUUUUCAUUUUCGUAGCAUCAUUGCUGCUAGCCGACUACCAUUGCACAUCUCGAUAUGUUGUAAAGGUAAAUCCUCUAACCUUACUUCGAAACGGGUCGUGGGAACAUAAAGGUGAGAUCCUAACGGACACUUGUGAUAUUAUCUGCGUGUUAUUUAAAGUCGUCACUGUGUUCAGCCAGCGAAAGGUUCAUGACGUAAGGCUAACGUGCUAGCAGUGAGCGUGCCCCGUAUCAGCCUUAUUUUCUACACUAAUCUACGUGAAGAGGGUCCGGUCAUGUGGUUGGAACCCUGAGGUCCACUAACGAUACAGCGACAUGUGAAGGAGGCGUUUGUCGGUAACUUAACGGCAACUGACAGUAACGCGAACGUUAACGUUAGUUAUCAACGACCUGCGUCUGCGCAGAAAUGAACACGCCGCUCGGACGGAACGGGUUAAUCGGGCUUGCUGUGGGGGCUACAGCGGGCUUGGGCUUGGUUGCCUUCAUCAUUUACAGAGAGGUCAGCAGGAGAAGAUGCCAGAGAGUGGUGCUGGAGGCCCAGCCUGCUCCCCGGCUGUUCGAGGCGGCGGAUGGAGCAGCGCUGCUGCGGGAGACGCUGGAGGCACAGGAGGUGGAGGCCCAGCAGCAGGCUCUGGCAGCAGUGGAGGCAGUGGUGCAGGGCCUGUCCCCAGAGCAGCAGCUGGAGCUCAGGAACCAGCUGGACCAGGUGCUGAGCUGCGUGUCCUCGCUGCGCGUGGAGGUAGCUGAGCUGAGAGGCGGCCUGCAGGACAUCGCCGUGCAGAUCAUCCAGGAUGUCAAAAAGGGAGUGGAGGACAAUCAGCGGGUACGUCGGCGGCGCCACGUCAUCCACAGGGAGCGUACCGACUCCACCGGCUCCAGCUCCAUCUACUUCACUGCCAGCCAGGGCGUGGCCAGCACCUUUGAAGAGACCAGCGAAGGAGGGUACUCGACGGCCUAUGCUGAGUCGGACUACACAGACCGGGACACAGACAGAGAGGAAGGUGAGCGGGAGCCUGAACAUGAGUCUGAGGAAGAGGAGGACAGGAGCUGUGCCACUGUGCUCACCCUCCGCCAGGAAGACUCCCAGGAAGAAGAGGUGGAGGAGAGAGGGCUGGAGGAGGAGGAGGAUGAGGAGGAGGAGGAGGAGGGGGGGAGGAGGCUGCAUCUGUUGACUGAAGUUCCCAGCGGGGAGCUGGCCCUCCUCCUGGCUCAGAGUGACAUCCUCCACACAGGAGACGCUAGCUUAAAGGCAGAAGGCUUUCGCCUGCUGCUGGACAACAGAGCAGAGUAUGGAGACAGCAGGGAGUUUCUAUGGCGACUGGCUCGGGCUUACAGUGAUAUGUACGAGUCCACUGAGGACAAACAGGAGAAGAAGACCUAUGCGCAGCAAGGGCGAGAGGAGGCGGAGUUGGCCCUGAAGAAGAACGGCCUGAAUGCUGAGUGUCACAAAUGGUUUGCUGUGCUGACGGGACUGACCUCGCAGCAUGAGAGCAUGCACAGCAGACUGAAGAGCAGCCACAUAUUAAAGGAGCAUCUGGACCGUGCACUCGCCCUCAGAGACGAUGACCCUGUGUGUUUCUACCUGCUCGGCAGAUGGUGCUACGAGGUAGCCUCUCUGGACUGGUUGGAGAAGAAAGCGGCUGCUGCCCUCUACCGGAGCCCCCCCACCUCCACCCUGCACGAUGCCCUGGAGAACUUCCUCAAGGCAGAAGAACUCUGUCCAGGUUUCUCCAGGACAGUGAGACUGUACAUCGCAAAGCAUAAAAGCCAAGGAAUGAUGUUAGUGUGGAAACUGAGCAGAACAGGAGAGGGCUCAAAGGGCGAAAGUGUCACAAGGACCUGGGAAACAUCUCUGAAGCCACCAACUGGACUGAGCUGGCUCUGAAGAUGCCCACAAACACUCAUGAUGAUGAAGAGACGUCUAAACUGGAGGCUCAGCUUCUAGUCUUAACUGGCAGAAAAAUCUGAAGACUUUUUCCUCCUGAGAUCCAGCCUGGCACCAAGUGGCGAGUGGGGCCGCGCCGCUUUGUUGGUGGAUUUCUUUGUAUACUGUCACUGUGAAAUAAUCUGGAGUUUAUUGAUGUAUAUUUAUUUUCUGCUAACUUUAAUAUGGCUUUAUUGAGUAAUAUGCAGUCUAUUGAAAUGUUUGUGUUUUCAUAUUUCCUCCCUUCCCUCUAGUGGAAUCUAGUCAUGCAGGUGGUUUAGCUUGUCAAGAGACCGAUAACAGAGCUGAAUCAUUUCUACUUGUACUAAUGAGUCUGAGGUUGCAACAUAGGGACUAACAGGAGUGCAGACAUUUCUCAGGUUCGGAGGGGAGGACGUUCCCCCAGCAGUGAACGAUCUGAAACAGAGCUGCUGAUAGGCCUCAUCAGGGAUCUUUUUAGAGCUUUAGGGGAAAGAGCACUACAACUAAUAAAUCUGAUGAACUACACCCUUUAUUGCUGGGUCCAUCUCAGUGUUUAGUGGAGACGCUUCACUGAUGUAGAGAACACGGUUUUCUUACAAUGUGUGCAGUUAAGCCCCCAGUACACGGUGCAGUACAGCAGCUGUGCACGGCCUGUCUGACUGUUCUCAGUGGACCAGGACAGCGUCUUCAUGCUUUGCGUGGUUUUGCAGUCCUUUUAUGUUUUGAAGUGGAAGUAGAGCUGCAGUAUGUCAGCGGAGUGUUACUUUGUGAUUUAACAUUUAAUGGCACUUUUUGUUUUUCUACUUUUAAUUUAUUGUUGAUGAGGCUCAUGCUGCAGACAGUGGACAUCAUGUUAAACCUCAAUAUUCUGAUCCCAUGAUGAAAAGUGAAUAUGCACUUAACUGACAAAUGGAUAACAUUGAAUAAAUUUCUUUUUUGGA